AUGAGAAUUUUGGCUUACAGAAUAUUACUGGUGAUAAUAUCCCUCUCUCUCCUUUUCGCACCAACUUUGGCAACUUCAUCCACCGACAAUCCAUCUCCUGCUGCAUCCAUGGCUACUAGUACUUCUACUGGUUCUGCAAGUACGACCAAGUCGCCAUCAGCGGGUCUCGCCAAUCCAAGUACCACAACAACCAGUACUGCAUCAUCCACGGCCACAGUGAUGGCCCACGAGAUACCAAAAACAGAAGAAAACUCUCCAACCCAAAAACAAAAGAAAAAGAAGACAAAAUCGGCAACCACGAAAUCAUCCAUGGAAACUGCUAGUAUUGCAAAACCAUCCAAAACAACAACCUCACUCUCUGGCAGCAAAGCCAUGUUCAUUAAACGGGUCCAAAGUGAAUGGAAAGAUGCUGUGGAAAUGGGAAUUGCCUACGAUUGGGUGCAGGCAAAACCUGUCAAAAACAAGAGUGCCAAAAAGAAGAAGAAGAAACCAAAAGUGGCAUUUGUGGUGACAACACAAGAAGAAACAGCAACACUCGAACGCGAAAACAGUACGGUGGAUCCAUCCAACUCCACUAUCACUACAUCACAACAAUACAUGUGCAUCGGCCCACUGGGCAAAAAUCUAUUUGUCUGGCACUUUUCCUUUUUGGGGUUGGAAGGAUCCGACUUUGAAGGUGGCAUCUAUCACGGACGAAUCGAAUUGCCCACACAGUAUCCCAUGGUCCCACCACGGGUCCAAGUCUGGACUCCUUCCGGACGUUUCGUACCACGGGCCAACAUUUGUCUUUCGGCGUCCUCGUUUCAUCCCGAAACUUGGAAUCCCGCCGCCUACAAUAUGCGCACCAUUAUCGAAUCGUUACGGUUGCACAUGCUGACAUUGGCCAUGGAAAUUGGAGGGACCAAUGCCAAACCUCGUACGCGACGGGAAUUGGCACGCUCCAGUCGACAAUGGAAGGAACACGUGCUGGAUAAAAAGUCGUAUCAGUAUUCUUUGGUGGAUCACGAGAAACUCGUCCUGCAAGGAGUGUUUCCCGAAUGGACACCACCGUCAUUAUUAACGGAAAACAACGAUAAUGCCACCGACAACAAUACCCCAGAGACAACAGCAAUACACAGUGACACUGAUGAUAGUGAUACGAGUACUAUACAAAGCAGCAGCACAAUGGAGAAAACAGUCCAAAAGAAAAAGAAAAGAAAGAAGAAAAAGACACAAAAGCGUUCACAUGGCACGGGAGUAAAGCGGAAAGAGGAACCUGGAUUGUUGACGCGAUGCGCGAGGAUCUUGUUCAGUCGGGACUUGUUGGCAGCACUGCUUGUUCUAGUUGUGUACUACGCCAUCUUCAGUCCCGAACGAUACGCAAUCUAG